AUGACUUCAUUUAAGCAACUUUUCAUGGUCGUUUUGGUCCUAGCAAUCUUCGCUUCAUCUGACGCAGCACCAUAUCCAGUUAAUAACGCAAUCCAAGCUGGAAACUCCUGCCAAGCAUAUCAAUUCGCCAUCGGAGGUACCGCCAUAGUUAAAAACGUCCAAGGAGGCACCGGCAUCUAUAACACGGGCAUCAACACUGGAAACGGCAAUGGUGGUGAUGUUAAAAUUUAUAACUAUGGUGGCGACGCUAGUAACGAAUUCUGCUGUUGUCUCGUCAAUGGAAAUUGG